AUGCGUUCGCAUUUUGAAGGAAUUGGUAUUCAGACUUAUACUAAUUUGCUACUGUGCUGUAAUAAUUCUUCUUCUUCUUCUUCUUCUUCUUCUUCUUCUUCUUCUUCUUCUUCUUCUUCUCCGCCUCCUCCUCCUCUUCUUCUUCUUCUUCUUCUUCUCCUCCUCUUCUUCUUCUUCUCCUCUUCUUCUUCUUCUUCUUCUUCUUCUUAUUAUUAUUAUUAUUGUCUUUCAUUUCUGGUGUAUACUCAUUUCUUUCCGGUCCCACUGCAAGAUACUUAUAAAGCUUCUUUUUUCUUUUCCUUCUUUUUUCUUUUCCUUCUUCUUUUUUCUUUUCUGUUUUCUUUUUCUUCUUCUUUUUUCUUUUCUUCUUUUUUUCCAAUAUAUUCAUUUUCUUUAUCUCUAUAUUCUAUCUAUAAUAAAAAAGAUGAUUUAAGAUUCAACGUCUAUUCUCAUUUCUGA